AUCGUGACCAUCUUGACGCCAACUUGAUUUCGACUUUUGGUUCUGAUCUCGAGGGAGUUGAUGGAUAGCCUGAGCAAACUCCCUGACUACCGUCUCCCGAUAUCUUAAUACUCAUCACGUCCGUCAUGGCUUGGAACUGGACGUCUGAUUCGAAGCUCUGCUUCGUGACUACCGGAGCAACGGCGCCAUUCACCGAGCUCAUUGAAUCAGUGCUGAGUCCGACGUGUCUGGAUUCACUACGCGAAGGAGGGUUCACACAUAUUUUGGUCCAAUAUGGAUCUGCCCAGGACGUGUACAAACAGUUCUCAAAACUCGCUUCAGCAUAUAUACAGGAGACCCCGUCAAAAGGAAACCUCGUCAUAGAUGGUAUAGAUUUCAACCCAGACGGACUGAAAACCCAGUUCCAGUUGGUACAGCGGUCGAAAGGCUUGGUCAUCUCGCAUGCUGGAUCGGGUUCUAUUCUCGAAGCACUUCGCUAUCAGAUCCCACUCAUCGUCGUGCCCAAUACUGGGCUACUUGAUAACCACCAAGAGGAGCUCGCCGUUGCAAUGGAACGGAACAACUACCUCGUUCGUGGGGAUGUAAAGAACCUCGCGCCUGCGAUCAAGAAGUCAGACGAGUUUCGACUGAAGAUGUCACAGUUCCCACCUAUGACGAGUGGGAAGCAUCGUGAGACUAAGAGCUUCGCGGCAAUCAUGGACGAGACGACGGGUUAUAUGGAUUGAUGCAACCUUCGUCAGCACAUCUUUGACUUGUGUUCGCGCAAGAACUCGAAUUUGAGGAGAAUUGAGCACUGGCCAGACGCUUGGGAGAAGGCUUCGCUGUUCGACAUUGCUCGCGUUUUGAAUACUCAGUUCUCAACUCACAGCACUUCCAGCCUAGAAAUGGUUGAAGAAGAAGCAGAGGUAUGUCAUUAUCUCAAGGAAUGAUAUUCUGGCAUUAGGGUACUAUG